AUGAGUGAACCUCCAAAAGCAGACACCCUUCCCGGUGGUGCUCAAUAUGAAGCGCCAAAACCACCGCCGAAGCAGAAUCCAGUCUUCCGCAUGAUGGGCAUACCCAACUUCCGAUUCAAGUUACCGUCACGGAACUGGAUGAUCUUCCUUACCAUAACCGGCGGUUGGACGGCAGCAGUGCUCUAUGACAAGCGGGAGAAGAAGAAGGCGCAGAAAAAGUGGUGCGAUCUGGUAGCUCACAUCGCUCAACAGCCGUUACCCGUCAAUCAAAUGCCUCGAAAAUUGACCGUGUUCCUGUCUGCUCCGCCUGGAGACGGGAUCAGCCCGUCCAGGCAGUAUUUCAAGGAGUACGUCAAGCCGGUGUUGGUCGCUGCGGCCAUGGACUAUGAUGUGAUCGAAGGACGAAAGGAAGGCGAUGUGCGAUACGGAACGGCGGAGCAAAUCAGAAGGCUACGGCGGAAGAAGGGCGAGAAAGGACCUGAGACGAAGGAAGAGCAAGACAUGGACGCCGAGACAGCCAUUGGUCUGAUCCGAGAGAAAAUGGGUGUCGUCUCCGAGCCCGUCACUCGUGGUGAUCUAGUUCUUGGUCGACAUACGUGGAAGGAGUACAUAAGAGGUCUGCAUGAAGGCUGGUUAGGUCCCGUCGAAGAACCCAUUCCGCCACCACAGGCAGAGUUAGAGUCGGAGUCAUCACCCAUCCAUGUUUCCACCGGAGCUCAAAGCAACGAGCCAGCCACACCAACCACAGCCUCGAACGCAGAGUCAGAGAAGAAAGCCGAGGAAGAAAAGGAAAAGGAAAAGGAGAAAGAAAAGAAGAAACCGUCACCGCCUUUCGCGUACAUUUCGACCGUUCAGUACUCACAGGCAUCCCCAUCUCCACACAUACCCGGGACCUUUGAACCGUCCCAGCCCAUCCACCAACAGCACUUGCUAGGUUUUCUGAAGACGCCGCAGAGGAUAUACAAUUUCCUCAACCGACGACAUCUGGCGGACCAGAUUGGUCGUGACACGGCAGCCAUCGUACUGGCCAACUACCGACCGUACCAGCAUGGUUCGUCGGUCUCGUCAUCACUGAGCAGCGCUGAAGACCUCGAUGCAAUCCCGGUGGCUACAAGAGCGCCUGAACUUGACGCCGCCAGUACCAGCCCGAGUCAAGAAUGGGAACAGCAGCAACUUCUUAAGUCGGAAGAAGUGUACUGGCACAAAUCCAUCCGCAAGCCGCGGAAAGAAGGGGACGAGUCGGAACAGAUAUGGUUGAGCGACAUGGUCAUUGACAGCCGGAUCGGCGAGCGCAUGCGGAGAUUCGAGCUGUCCGCCGAGGAAGACGACAGAGCGAACCGAAUUGCCAGCGGCGUCGAAUCGACUCGAGCUGUUCCCGUGCAGGAUCUUCGAAAGAAAAAGGUCAAGCUUGACGACAUUUGA